AUGUCUCACCAAGCUCCGGCUAAGUUUAACUUCUUCAAAGGACACCCUUCGAUCGAUCUAUUACCGAACAAGGAGAUUUUGGAGGCCUCCAAAAAUGUUUUGUCCAGGUUUGAUAAUACCAUGGACAACUACGACGGAGUCAAUAACACGCAUCCGCUGAACUAUGGCACAGAUCCUGGCAAUCUAGAGGUCAGAGCUCUGAUCGCGGACUGGAAUGAUAAGAAGUUUGAACUGAAAACAAAGACCGACCCAGACUGUAUCAAUUUAACCUCGGGAUCAUCAUACGGCAUCUUGAAUAUUCUAGCGCAGUUCUCAUGCGCGCACAAUGGAGUGACGCGUAGAGCGUUUCUUGUCAGUCCAACGUACUUUUUGAUGAACUCGAUAUUCAUCGAUGCUGGGUUUGGAGGCCAGAUGACGUCCAUAGAAGAAGACGAUAACGGUCAGAUUGACUUAGAAACGCUGAAGCAGAAACUGGAGUUUUAUGAUUCUCAGGAAGCGGUUGCAAAGUCCAUCUCAGAAAAAGAUAUUGCUCAUAUUCAUGAUCCAGAUAGGCCCUUGAAAAAAAUCUAUAGAUACAUCAUGUACAUUGUGCCUACAUUCUCAAAUCCUAGGGGUGGGACGUUGAGCCAAGAUAAUAGACAGCGUUUGAUUGAGCUUGCUAGAAAACAUAACAUGCUGAUUAUCUGCGAUGACGUGUAUGAACUGUUGGAUUUCCAUAAUCGAGUGCCUCACAAAAAAAUGGUAUACUUAGACAGAGAGACGCUGCCUGAGGGCGAAGAAUACGGUAAUGUUAUCUCCAACACUACAUUUUCCAAAAUUCUUGGGCCGGGUUUGCGAACCGGCUACCAAGAAUCUGCCACCCCGAAACUCGCCUAUUUGCUCUCCCAAGGAGGUGCAACUAAGUCUGGUGGUACCCCUUCGCAAUUGAAUACGGUGAUAGUUGGCGAACUUUACAGAAUGGGGGCAAUUGAUGACAUACUUGACAGGCUUAACUCUACUUAUUCUAAACGUGCGGCCGUUUUAAAUGAGGCGCUUCAAAAAUACCUACCAAAAGGUACUCAAGUUGCUCCAAUCAAUGGUGGCUAUUUUAACUGGGUCACUCUUCCAGAGCACAUCGAUGUUCAGGAAGUUGCGAAUGAGUGUCGGAAAAGAGGUGUCGUCCUUGCUACAGGAGACAACUUUGAAGUGACUGGAGAUCCUAGAGGAUGGGGCAAGAGAAGUGUCCGGAUGAGCAUUAGUAAUUUGGAUAUGGCCAAGAUCGAUGAGGGGGUCAAAAUUUGGGGAGAAGUAUGCGAGUAA